AUGGAACCAGCUCCAGUGUUUCGUACGCCUCGCAAGAGGGUAGCCUACUACUACGACCAUGAUGUGGGCAACUUCAGCUACGGCCUCGGCCAUCCCAUGAAGCCGCACCGCAUGCGCAUGACGCACAACCUCGUCACCAACUACGGCCUGCACAAGAAGAUGGACAUCCUGCGUCCCAAGCGCGCCACGCGCGACCAGAUGACACGCUUCCACACCGACGAGUACGUCGACUUUCUCCACCGCGUCACGCCCGAGACCGUGCAUGAGCUCACCAACGAGGGCACGCGCUACCUCAUCGGCGAGGACUGUCCUGCCUUUGACGGCCUCUACGAGUUCUGCUCCAUCUCGGCGGGCGGCUCGCUCGCGGCGGCCACGCGCCUCAACUCGGGCGAGUCGGACGUGGCCAUCAACUGGGCCGGCGGACUGCAUCACGCCAAGAAGCGCGAGGCGAGCGGCUUCUGCUACGUCAACGACAUUGUGCUCGCCAUCCUCGAGCUGCUGCGCGUCCAUCUGCGCGUGCUGUACAUCGACAUCGACAUCCACCACGGCGACGGCGUCGAAGAGGCCUUCUACACCACCGACCGCGUCAUGACCGCCUCGUUCCACAAGUUUGGCGACUUCUUCCCCGGCACCGGCGACGUGCGCGACGUGGGCAUGAAGCGCGGCAAAAACUACUGCGUCAACGUGCCGCUGCGCGACGGCAUCGGCGACACCGAGUUCGGCAACAUCUUCCGGCCCGUCAUCUCGCACAUCAUGGACUGGUACCGUCCGGGCGCCGUGGUGCUGCAGUGCGGCGCCGACUCGCUCGCGGGCGACAAGCUGGGCUGCUUCAACCUCUCGAUGCGCGGCCAUGCGGACUGCGUCGCGUUCAUGCAGACGUUCGACGUUCCGCUCAUCACGCUCGGCGGAGGAGGAUAUACGGUGCGCAACGUCGCACGCACCUGGACGUACGAGACCGGCCUGCUCGUCGGACAGCGGCUCGACGAAGACCUGCCGUUCAACGACUACAUCCAGUACUUUGGACCCGAGUACAAGCUCGAGGUGCCGCCGACGUCGAUGGACAACCUCAACACGCGCGAGUAUCUCGACAAUCUGCGCACCAAGGUGAUCGACAAUCUGCGCCAGCUGCCGUCGGCGCCCGGUGUGCAGAUGCAGGAGGUGCCGCGCACCACGCUCAAUCCUGCGGAUGUCGAGGUGUCGGAUGACGAAGACUCGGAUCUGGACGAGCGCAUCUCGCAGCGUCUGCGCGAUGCACACGUGCAGAACUGGGACGACGAGCUGUCGGACGACGAAGACGCGCACGGCAUUUCGGCGUGGGAGGCCGCCACGAGUCGGCGCUCGUCGACGGUCUCCAACGGGCGCAGGAAACCGGGCAUCAUGGAUCCCAUCAAGCCGUUCGAGCACGACCUGGGCCUCAAGUACGUUGCGCAGAACGGCGCAGGUACCGCCAAGGGCAAGGGUAGGACCAAGCGCACCUUCUUCGCAGCGAGGGCGGCCAAACCCGUGCUGGCGGAUCUGCAUCUGGACGAAGAUGACGCGGAUAGCGACGAUGAUGAUGACCAUCGUGGGCAGGCGUUGAGGCAGAGCACGCGUAGUGUGCGCUCGCGGCUGCUGGCCAACGAUGCGCCCGUCGUGCGAGACGCAACGCCCUUGAGCGACGACAUGGGCUCACCCGCUCUCUCCACCGCCGCUCCCUCCGUCCGAGGCCGCCGAUGA